ACAAUGCGCCUUUGUUGUUAGACGGUUGCAAAGCCAGUUGCAUUAUCAGCAACCAAAUGAGAAGAAAUACAUGAUAUAGAUAUAAAAAUGAGCCCUUAUAGUAUUUGACACGGGCGAAGCACCCCGAAAGUGGGAUUAGAAGGAAGUCAAGUGGGAGAAGAAGCCGCGUUUUCUUAGAGGAAGUUUGACUUAGCGAGGAAGGACACAUGUCGUCUGCAGCAGAGACUGUGGAAAAUGCCUCCAUCAUUUCCGAGAGUGGGACCCAUGAGGGGAACCGAUUGUGGAUAGGCAACAUUGAUCCUAAAAUCACUGAGUAUCACUUGGUCAAGCUCCUGGAGAAGUUUGGAAACGUUAAGCAGUUUGACUUCCUGUUCCAUAAGUCUGGGCCUCUGGAGGGGCAGCCCCGUGGGUACUGCUUUGUCAACUUUAACACCAGAGAGGAGGCCGAAAGAGCCAUCCAGUGUUUGAACGGCAAGCUGGCGCUGUCCAAGAAGCUGGUGGUGCGAUGGGCACACGCGCAGGUAAGGAGGUUUGAGGGUUUCCGCAACGACAAGACGAUGCCGUCCAGCCUGGAGCCGUCCAGCAGCGGGUCGGCGGCAGAUGGAGCGCUAACCACAAACCACCUCAGUACAAGCGCCAAGAUCCGUGCCAUCGAGGCCAAGCUGCAGAUGAUGGAGGAGAAUCCAGAUGAUGACCCGUCGGGCCCGUCUGCGUACGUCUACAACAAGCCGCCGGAGAGGAAGCGCUGGGAGCCCUACUCCAAAUCACACAGCAGGCCCUUUCGGCGCUUUAGAAGAUGACCCCGUCCUCCCACUUACCAUGGAGAAGCCAUCACUCCUACCACCUCUUGUAUUUACCUCUUUUGCUACACCUCAGAGCACCCCCACAGCCCCCAGUCCCCCCCCAACACGACUCCCUGCAGGAGCUUUUCCCCACUGACUUUUCAUGAAAGACUUUUUGUUGUGAAUAAGCAGGGACAGAAAAAGCAGUGGGUUUGUUGUGUUCUAGUAUCAUUUAGGAGUGUGUGUGUGUGUGUGUGAGGGCCUCCAUUCGGGAAUCGUACCAAACACCACAUUCAUCAGGCGCAAAAUGGCAUAACUCUGUUGACUGUAUUUAUUUUAUUUUUUUAUUUUACAUUUUCAGUAUGACAAACCAGCAGACAUUUAGAAGGAAUGUGUGUGACGUCUUAGAUCCGACCAUUCUUUAAAUUAAAUUGGAUUUCAUUUUUAUCAAAAACUCAUUUUGUUUCUUUUUAAUUAUACAUUUUAGUGAUAUAUCUAUGCACCUACAGUACAGAAGCUAUAGUACUACGAAACUUCCAGAGCCAUAUCCACAAUAUGUCAAAAUAUUCUAAAUAUUAUAUUUCAUAAGCCGGUUUUUCCUGCUAUUUUAAUUUUAUAUUCUUUCUUAUUUUUGCUGCAAAAGGAUAUGUUUAAUAAUAGUUUUGCUAUAAUUACAGUAGCUAUGAAUUAGCACAUCAUAUUGGGAAAAAACAGACAGCAUUAUCUCAAUGAUUCCAAUCCAAUCGAACACAAAUCCUUUUAUUGUUCCUUAUAUUGUCAUUUUUAUCCUGGUGCUUUUUUCCACCCCAACAAAUUGUACAAAAUGA